UUUCUAUAGAGACACUUCCUGUGGCAGAGAAAAGAGGUAGUGAGCUGGUUGUUUCAGGAUGUGAGGGCCCGCAGGAGCAGAGCGCUCUCUCCACUGCCUGCCUGCCACCCCGAGAGCUCUGACCAGUGCUUCCACAAUCCCUGUGGUGGGUGGCCCCCCGUGGCGGGGACCUGAGAUCAGCGGCGGUAUGCCAGGGAAGCCCAAGCACUUGGGUGUCCCCAACGGGCGCAUGGUUCUGGCUGUCUCCGAUGGAGAACUGACCAGCACAGCGGGUUCCCAGGGCCAGAGUGAGGGCCGGGGCAGCUCCCUCAGCAUCCACAGCCUCCCCAGUGGCCCCAGCAGCCCCUUCUCCACUGACGAUCAGCCUGUGGCCAGCUGGGCCCUGUCCUUUGAGCGGCUGCUGCAAGACCCACUGGGCCUGGCUUACUUCACGGAGUUCCUGAAGAAGGAAUUCAGCGCCGAGAACGUAACUUUCUGGAAAGCCUGCGAGCGUUUCCAGCAGAUCCCAGCCAGUGACACCAAGCAGCUAUCUCAGGAGGCCCACAAUAUCUACCAUGAGUUCCUGUCCAGCCAGGCGCUGAGCCCGGUGAACAUUGACCGACAGGCCUGGCUUAGUGAGGAGGUGCUGGCCCAGCCCCGGCCGGAUAUGUUUCGAGCACAGCAGCUUCAGAUCUUCAAUCUGAUGAAGUUCGACAGCUAUGCGCGCUUCGUCAAAUCCCCGCUGUACCAAGAGUGCCUGCUGGCCGAGGCCGAGGGACGCCCCCUGCGGGAACCUGGCUCCUCGCGCCUCGGGAGCCCGGACACCUCGAGGAAGAAGCCGAAGCUGAAGCCCGGGAAAUCGCUGCCCGUGGGCGUGGAGGAGUUGGGGCAGCUGCCACUUGCUGAGGGCCCUUGUGGACGCCCUCUCCGCAAGUCCUUUCGCAGAGAGAUGACGGGUGGAGCCACGAACUCUGCCCUGCGACGAGAGUCUCAGGGGUCCCUGAAUUCUUCCGCCAGUCUGGACCUGGGCUUCCUUGCCUUUGUGAGCAGCAAAUCUGAGAGUCACCGAAAGAGCCUUGGAAGUGGAGAGGGUGAGAGUGAAAACCGGCCAGGGAAGUACUGCUGCGUGUAUCUGCCUGAUGGCACAGCCUCCUUGGCCCUGGCUCGACCAGGCCUCACCAUCCGAGACAUGCUGGCAGGCAUCUGUGAGAAGAGAGGCCUCUCUCUGCCUGACAUUAAGGUCUACCUGGUGGGCAAUGAACAGAAGGCCCUGGUCCUGGAUCAGGAUUGCACAGUGCUGGCAGACCAGGAGGUGCGACUGGAAAACAGGAUCACCUUCCAGCUGGAGUUAGCUAACCUGGAGCGCGUGGUGAGGAUCUCGGCUAAGCCUACCAAGCGUCUGCAGGAGGCGCUGCAGCCCAUCCUGGCAAAGCAUGGCCUGAACCUGGACCAGGUGGUCCUGCAUCGGCCAGGGGAGAAGCAGCAGCUGGAUCUGGAGAAGCUAGUGAGCUCAGUGGCCUCACAGACACUGGUUUUGGACAUUCUCCCAGGGGCCAAGAUGGGUGAAGCCAGCAGCACAUCCCCCUGCCACAGCCAGGGAGGCCUGCCUAGAACCCAGGACAAGGACACGCAUCUCCCCCCAUUGCCCCCCAGUUUGCUGGUGGAAGACGCCAGUAGCUCUACUGGGAAACGGCAGACCUGUGACAUUGAAGGCCUGGUGGAGCUGCUGAACCGGGUGCAGAGCAGUGGGGCCCAUGACCAGAGGGGACUUCUUCGCAAAGAGGACCUGGUACUUCCAGAAUUUCUGCAGCUUCCCUCCCAAAGGCCGGGCUCUCAGGAGGCGCCACCAUAGACUGGAUCGGCCACCCAGCCUAGGGAGGGCCCUUCAGACUCCGCUGCCCUCCCAGCCUUCUGACACCCAUGUAACAGUCCAGGCUGGCUGCAUGGUGCCUGGGCAGACCAAGCAUGCCGUGGGUCCGCUCUGCAUGCCCUGUCUGCGCCCUGAGUGUCCCUGGCCUCUUUUUGCUAUGGGCAGGCCCACAGAAGGAGCCAGGAAGGGGUGGAGGGGGAACUCAGGGGAGCCCCACUCCCAAACUGGGGCUCCCUGUUCUUAUAGGUUCACCUACCCAUUCUUUGCAGCUAGGCCAUCAGGGAGAGGCCCGCCUAGGCUCUUGUCAUGAGCAUACUGAACACAAAGGGGUAACUUUGGCAGUGCCAGCCUCCUCAGCUUAUUCUAAGCUUUAGCAGGGGGCAGGAGGAGGGGCUGGCCCCUCCCUAAAGAGUUGAUAGAGUAAAUCCUGGGCGUGCUGGUGGGCAACCCCUCCCUCCAUCCACAUAGACUCUACUGUACAUAUGGAUUUUAUGGUUGGCUUGGGGCAGCUGGGUUUGUCCUGAAUGUAUAUUGUUAUAUUAUAAUAAUAAUUAUUAUUAUUCAGCCAUGAGGUAUGUUUCUUGUGUGCCACUCUGCCCUGUGUGGUCCCAUCACCCCAUUGCCUCUGUCACCAAGACCAGGAAGUUCUUGAGGACCUCAGUGUAUACCUCCCAGAAUCUCUUCCUGAGGCAUGGAAUAUGGGAGCCAUAGAGCAGGAGAGGGAGGGGGAAGGGGAAGAAGGAGAGAAGAGGAGGGAGGGAGAGAGAGAGGGAGAGAGAGAGAGAGAGAGAGAGAGAGAGAGAGAGAGAGAGAGAGAGCUGUGCCUUUGCCGGCACUCAGCAUCCGUAGACAUGAAUGCAUCAUUUUUGUUCAUCCCUGUUCCUGUCAGGGAUCCAAUGCAUCUCUACACACAUUACUGAGAGCUCCUUAGGAUGCAUCAGAAGCUUAUAUGUGGGACUGGGCUAGGCAAGGUAUUCUUUUCCUCGUCUGCUUUCGCUGGGUGGUACGCCACCUCUAAGCAGCUGGGAAAGGCAGGGGAGGAAGGAGGGGAGGACUUCGCAGAAAGAAAGGCUUGCAGGGAGAAGCCCAGCGUGGUCCCACUAGGGAGGCCAGUGCCAAGAGGAGGCCAGGUGACUUGAGUGGCUAGGGCAGAGCCCUGCACACAGGUGAGGCUGCACUGAGUGAUCCCUUCACCAGGACCUCGUCCUGCUCUCCCUUCUCAUCUCACCGGCUCCUUGUCACCCUUGAAAUCUGUGGGACAGAUCAACGGAGUAUACUGACCCGCCCUGCCUUCCUCUGGGGGUUUCAGGUUUCUGUCACCUGGUAACUGCCUCACUUUAUUUGACUGUUUAAUGGGUUCCCAGGCUUCUGGGGUGAGCUGAUGACACAGGAACCUAGUCCACAUGGACAGAGUUUGGCUCAGAGCUGGUUGUCUGAAGCUGCUCUAAUAAGAGUUGUAAUCCUCAGACUGGAGAGGUGGCUCAGUGGUUCAGAGCACAGGCUGCUCUUACAGAGCACCUGGCAUCGAUCCUCAGCAUCUACAUGUCAGCUCACAGUUAUCUGUAACUCCAGUUCCCGGGGAUGCAGCAUCCUCUUCUGGCCUUCAUGAACACUGUACGCACAGUGUCCGGACAUGCAGACAAAAACAUCUAUAUGCGUACAAAUAAAAAUAAAUAAAUCUUUUUAUUUUAAUCCCAA